AUGCCAACUCUCAUUACCCUUCCCGCAGAGCUCCGCCAACAAAUUAUCAAGGAUCUCUUCUCCGUCAAGCUCAAUGAAAAGGGCACUCACAUCAUGAACUCCCUCGACGGCGUCUGCAAAAUACUACAGGACGACAUCAGCGCCUCUGAAAAGACCUGGCUCCCCGACAGCACCACCGACAUCCUCAUCGAAGACGAAGAUGGCAUGGAACUUUUGGAAGCCGCCAAAAAACACUUCAGCAAACUCCCCGUGGCAUCGGCCACAGGCAAGGUGUGGCCAGGUAUCACCGACAUUCGCGUUCCUUUCUUCCACGGCGACAUCGAGCAUAGAUGGGCACGAUGGGCACCACCCAAGGACCGUAAUGCUCACGUGAAUCCUAUGAGGUGGUUUCAGGGGAACUUGAGGCUGGACUUAGUCUACAUGGCCCAGGCACCCCCUACUGUCAAGCGCAUCAAGAUCGAUUUCACCAUGCCACCGAAGUCCCUCAAGUUCCUCGAAGAAUGCGGACCGGGCGGUGCGUACGUACCUGAAAACGAAGACCCGGAUGACCUAUGGUUCGAAUACCAAGCCCCGUACUGGGUGAAGACGGACGAGGGAUUCAGGUACUUCUACCCGCGUGCAGGGGUUCCGGUGGAGUUUGUCGGAACACUGCCGGAGAGCCAAGUGCCUGUUGUGCUCAUGCUUCUGGAAGGGAACACCGCGGGCUUGCUUCGCCGCCGUCACACGUAUCUGGCUAGAACGUUCCUGAAGGACGCUGUCUCGGAGGAAAUGUGGGAUGAGCUGGAAGUAAAGAACGAGCUAGGGGAGAAGCAAUGGCGGGCUGCAUCCAUGGCAGCUAUGGGAGAAGCAAACGUGGUCUGCAUUCAAGGGUCUUCGAUUACGAGAAAUCCAUAG